UAAAUGUACUAUAUUGUUCAUUGAUAAUUUAUCACUUGAUAAAGUAUAUUUAAAUUGGAUUCGAUAAGACAAGAUUCUAGAUAUCAAGUGUUAGAGAUUCUAUAAAUCCAUUUUCAUUCAAACAUUAUGUAACCAUGUAAACAAUAUACUAAAUGUAAAUUGUAAAUUCAUGAACAAUGAGCUGUAUUACGAGUUCAAUCGAUUAUUCAUUAACCAACCGAUGUAAAUUAAUAGUGUAAAGUAUCAUUUUAAUGAAUUCAACUUAUUAUUUGAUUUGGACAUUACAAGUUCUUCGUAAAUAUAACAAACGCCAUUCCUAAAUGAAAUGAUUAAUAUACAUGCCAGAUAUGACCAGAUGAUAUUAUGCAUUAUUUUUUUAAUACAUUGAAUCUUUUAAACAAAUAUGACACUGUAAACAAAGAUGGAUAGUGGCUAGCAGUUGAAUUCAGGACGCACGUUCUGCCCUACUUGGGACUUGUCAGCUGUAUGUACCUGUUAGCCAUCAUCCAUACUUGCUUAUAAAGCUUGUGACUUAAAGCAAUAUCAAGACAGUUCGCAAAGGAUGCACAUAUGCCAACAAGAGACUGAUCAACUGGAGUUCUAAACAACAAUGGAAAGAUACAAGCAAAACAAUACCAAAUGAAUUCAAGCAUGACACUAUUUUGUAAUCUUUCAAAAUGAUGAUGGUUGAAAUAUUUUAAUGUUAAGUUUUCCCCAGAUUCAUAAGUUGUCAGAGUAAAAGGCUAUGACAUUUAUGAAAAGUGGAUGUACUUCGACAACAGUGAAGUCAUCUUAAUUAUUUUACGAUUUUGCAGUAUGUUUAAAUGUAGUCAGCUUGUGAUGGAAAUUUAGUUUUCAUAACUGUACACUUGUGAAUAGAUAGUGAACAGCAUUUCCGGUUUCAGAGGUCAACCCUUUAAAAUAGGGUUCAUUAUUUGAUAAGUUAGCCAAAUGUGGAAUACUCUUCUAUGGGCAACCGAUACCAGUAAAUAUUCUUUAUGCAUUUUACUAUCAACUGGAAAAUUUAUUCGCCAUGAGUAAAGUAAUUCAUUCCAUUCGUACAGUUAUGGAUUGGUUAGAUGCAACAGAAAAUCAUGCCUCAAGAAUAUUAUCAAUAUAUGAAAUGAAUUCACAAUUAAAUCAUUUUGAAGAAACAUUGGCAGAUCAUUUAAAAGCACUGAAGUUAUGUGAUCGUUUAUUGGAUAAUCUCGGUUCAAUUUAUCAUCGUGUACGUCCUUUAAAAAAAGGACAAACUAUUCUAGCUAGAGCUUUAACAGAUUUUGAAUCAAAACAGAUGAAAUGCAAACUACAUAUGAAUCACUUUUAUAGGAUCACAUCCAAUCAAAAUCCUCAUGCAUGGCAGAUAAGUAAUCCCGGACAUGCAAUUCCGUCACUAUUCCUCGAUGUUUCUACUGAGUUUGGUGAAAAACUAAUUCUCAAACAACUUCAAAAACGAUUUGAAGAAUUCCUAAUCAUGUGUCAUGGUCGUGCUCGUCGUCAACUAUUCUCACGUAUUACAAAAUUAUUACAUAAUUCUAAACGUUACUCAACACUUCCUGCAAUGUUUAAACCAAGCGAUUCUCCCGUUUCUUCAAGCGCUCUCUGUGGCUUAUACUUUCCACGUUCACCUGAUCCAGCCAAACGAUGGCGUCCUUCAAACAAUGCUAAAAUAUUUUCUCGUCAACCAGCCUAUUUGGAUUAUGAAAGUCCUCAAGAAGCAUUACUACCUCAUACAAUCCGAAUAUUAUUGACUCGUUUAAGAAACUGGUUACAUCAGUUACCUCCUCCUGGUGUGAUUAUGGACAGUUCAAAGUUGUCAACAUUUAAUUCAAAUAAAUCCCAGCAAAAUAGCUUUAAUUUAAUCCAAGGUAGCAAUGUAGUCAAUGAACUGCGUAAAUGGUGGAAGUUCACUCAUAAAACAGUUGAAAAUCGUGAUCAAUUAGAAAAAAUAGUUGCCGAUGCUACUUUUAUAAAAAAAUUGAAUGAUAUUAUGCAAACAAAAAUUAACACUGAAGUGGAAAAACACAGAAAGCAAUAUGAAUCAAAUAAAAAUCUGACUAAUUCAAGCACAUUUAAAAGCCAUCCAAAGCUUACUAAGGUCCUUGUGGAUGAACUACUCUCAAGAAUAGGAGCUCAAUUUUAUCACCCACGAUCUGGACAAUUUAGCUAUAGAAGUACUCAACGAGUAAUGGAUGGUAUUGAUAUAGCAUUGCCUUAUACAUUUCCUGGAGUACAAAUAUUUGACAGAUUAAUUAAAGAUGGUGAUUAAAUUUUUCUUCCAUUAUUAACUAUGUUUAGUUUAUAUAGACAAUAUUAUGAUUGUAAAUGUGUUUAUGAUGAUGAUUAUUAUAUUAUUAAUAAUUUUGUACAGUCAUUGAACUCAUUAGCUAACAUUUGAAUUAUGUUUAGAAUAAUGGCAAAACAAACUAUUCACAUUUAACAUUGAACAUCUUCAUUCAUAAUGAAUGAUAUACAAUAUGUUAUUACAACUAGAUGAUAUUCUUAAUAUCAUGAAAACAUUCAUUUAUAUCUUUAGGAUUUUAUGGAGUAAUUAUCAAAACAGGUUAAUAUGAACCUGAUUGAAGAGAAAAAUAUGCAAGUAUUUGUUAAUGUUUGUUCAUUUGACGUAUUCAGGUAUCAGUAAUCCCAAUGAUAAAAAACUCCAAAUAAACGAAUGUAUAUUUUUAUUCUUCUUUCAAACAGAAAAUAUAAAAUUAUGCGUUUUAUUUUGAUCAAAAACUUCACAAAGAUCCUAGUUCUUCUUGAAUACUUUUAAUGAAAUGAAAUGAGUAAAAUCAAAGAAACUUCUAAUAGAGAAUCUAAUUAAAUUAUAUGAAUAUAUCUUAACAAAUACUUACUUACUUACUUACGCCUGUUACUCCUCGUGAAGGAGCAUAGGCCGC